AUGUCAGAAUCAAGUAAUGAAAAUAUCCUUGAAAGUCAGGAACUGGCACUGCAAGUAACUAAUGACAAGACUGUGACUAAUGACAGCCAUGAUUUGUUUGGUGAUGACGAUCAAAACACAUCGAAUCAACAGGACGAUUUUUUCUCCAAUAUACAACACCCAGAUCAACCAGAUCAACCAGAUCAACCAGAUCAACCAGUGAUUGUGACCGAUGAUGGUGUAGAAACCGUUCAUAAACCAAAUGAAGAGGAACUGCCACAAGAAAUACCGCUUGAACAAGAGCAAAUACUGCUGCAACAACCACAACAAGAAAAUGUGAUUGAUGAUUUGUUCGGUAGUAGCACCCAUGAUGAUGAUUUCUUCAGUAAUCACAAUCAAGAUGGUCUCAACAGUGUUGAAAUAAAAUCAGAAGAAAAUAUAGAGGUACCGGUAGAGCCAGUUUCUGAACAACGUCAAGAUUUACAACCCCAGACAGCAACAAUUCCCAUUGACAGCAAAGAAGAAGAUCCUGUUGUUGAAAGUCUAACUAACGAAACAGAUGUUAUUCAUCAUGAUCAAGAGUCAACGAAUAAAGCUGUUGGUAUUUCUAGUGAGCUGGAAUUAACUGAAGAAAAAUCAAUAGUGGAGAAAGAACAAUCAAUUGUCGAAGAUAUACCUGGCGUCGCUAAUCAAUCACCUGGGGCCAAGACUUUACCGACAGAACAGAUUAAUCAUAUUGAUGAAUCUGAAGCAACUGCACCAAAUGCUGAACAGUCGCACAAUAGCUCCAAAUUAGAUCAAUUAUUCACCGAAUCAAAUGAAGGCGAUUUCUUUGAAAGCAUUUCUAAAGAUAAUUUGGAGCAAAACGCAUCCGAGACAAAUCAAAAACUUGAAGAUCUUUUUGUUGGCUCUGCAAACAAAGAUGGCGAAGAUCUUGGUUUUCUUCAACAAUCACAACCUCACGUUACAGAUGCAAAGUCAAAUGAUCCAAUUUCUGAAGCAGUUGUAGCUACUGGAUCGGCCAAUUUAGAUUUAUUUGGUGACGAUGAUACGAAUUUCCUUGAAGAAUUAAAUCCAAAGGAACAUCAACAGCAGGAAGAAGUGAAGCUAUCAUCAGCCACAACUGUUAAUGCAGAGGAUAAAUUAGCAGCUUUAGAUUUAGAUGACGAUUUAUUAUUAGAUGAUGAUUUUUUGGAAGAAGGUUCGGCACCGCCAAAAGUUGAAAGUUCUUUACCAGAAACCAAGCCAAUAAAACACCACUAUUCGUACAUUCCUAGUAGCCAUUCUACCAAUCAGAAAUCUGUAUAUGCGCCACCACAAGUUUCUGGAGUUGAUAAAAAUGAAUUUAUUAAAAACUUGGAACAAUCUAAGAAAAAACAUGAUGCAUAUGAUUUCCCAGAUACAUUAUUGGUAAACAAGUCAAGACCGGCUGCUAGACAUGCACCUUCAUCAAACAAAUAUGGUCCAGCAUCUGUAUCACAAACGAGUAUCCCAUCUAUCUCCUCAACAAGCACUUUGCCACCUGCAAGAGAUAUAAAACCUAGCUCACUGGCACCAGCAGCACCUACAGGGGCACCUCCAACUAGUGCAAGCAUUUUAAAAGUUACAAAGAAAUCAUUUUUUGAAGAUUUUCCAGACGAAGAAGAAAUUCCUAAACCUAAACGUGCAGGCCGAGCAGCUGCGCCAGUUAAGGCGGUGAAUCAAAUUCAUUCACCACAAGUUUUGAAUCAGCAGGUACAACAACAAAAACAACAGCAGCAGCAGAGUCAACAGAAUACAGCACCACCCCCACCUUCGAAAACCAACAAACAGCCUCCUGUCAAUCCGUAUAUGCCAAAAUCUGGUACAUCACCAAUCUUACAACAGCAAACCCCUGUUGUACAUAAAAGCGGUAUUGCUGCUCCAAAUGUGAAUGUCCCAAAUUCAAACGCUUAUGCUCCUCAAUUAAAUUCAUUUGCAUUUCCACCACAUCAACCGAACCAGAAGACUAAUGAUUAUUCCCCACAGUUGCAAUCUUCUGCUGCUGCUGCUGCUGCUCCACCACCACCUACUAGCUUGCAGCCAUUUCCUCUCAUUGGUCAAUCGCAAUCGGCACCAGUUCAUCACAAUCGUCAACCAUCCAACUCAAUUAACACUAAUGUUAAUAAAGUGCCAUCAAUUAACAGUCCAUAUGUUCCUAAUGCUGGGCCAUAUGCCCCACUGACUCACCACAGAUCUCAUUCAAGAGCUAGUUCAUUGGUUGGGGGUAAAGGCAAAGAAAUAAAUCCUUAUGCUCCUGCAUUAGAGACGGUAGCCAGUGGCGAUAUUGGUCAACAACAACAGCAGCACCAGCAACAACAACAACAACAACAACAACAACAACACCUUUCACCAGCAACUGCGGUUUUACCACCAGCCAGAGCUCGUGGAUUUUCCAACUCAAAAAGUAAUAUCUAUAAAUCUGCUCCAAAAGUUGUCAACCCUGAGCAAUUGGUUUUCAGACAGUACCCGAUUUUUAGUUUUAGUAUCAAUUCCAAUUGUUCCAUGAUUAUUCCAAAUACAGGGUAUAAUCAAGGAACAAGUAUUAAUAUUGGACCAAUUUCUAAUUUAUUGAAAGAUAAAGAUAUAUAUGCCACUUUCCCUGGUCCUUUAUCUAAGAACAAAACUAAGAAAAAAGACGUUGAAAAAUGGUUAGAACUGUCAUCCGGCUAUUUACGAAGUUUAGGGAAAAAUGAUGAAUUUAUUUUAAAUGAUAUUUUGUUACAAUUGAUUAAAUAUGAUGGUGAUGUGAAAAAUAAAGAAUUUUUAAGAUCUGCAUGUCUGAUUCUUAACCCUAAUGUCAAUUUUGAUGUUAAUAAUUUUCCAACGUCUGGGUUGACUAUUGGAGCUACAAAUGCUCAUAAAUUGGAUAAUUCAGGUGUCAAUACUGUAUUCACUUUAAUUCAAUCAGGGAAUUUAGAAAAAGCAUUGGAAUAUUGUGUAUCUCGUGGUGAUUGGGCAUUAGCAUUAAUUAUUAGUGGUCCGGAAAACUUUAGCAAGAUUGCUGCUGAAUAUGCUAGAAAUACAUUCCCAUUUGCUAAAACAAACAAUAAAGUAUUACAUAUAAUGCCAAUUAUUUUGAAAGUUCUUGGUGGUAAUGUUUCUAGUGUUAUUGAAGAUUUAACAGCAGUUGUAAAUGAAGGAGAAUAUGCUAAUUUGCAUUGGAGAGAAAUCAUUUCAACAAUUGCAAUUUGUGGAUCAUUAAAGGCAAUUGAAUUUUUAAUUGAAUUUGGGAAAUUUUUGAAUAAACAAGGUAAUUUUAUUGGUAGUGAGAUUGCUUAUAUUAUGGCAGGAUUACCAUUUGGUCAUCAGAAUUUUAUGGUGUUGGCAUCUGGUCAUAAUUCCAUGUAUACUGAAGUUUAUGAAUAUGCAUUAAAUUUACACAAGACAAUGCAUUUCCCACAUUUAUUGUCGUUAAAGUUGAAACAUGCAUUAACUUUGGCAGAUUAUGGAUUAAUUAAUGAAUCACAAAAGUAUAUUGAUCAUAUUAAUUCUAGUAUUAAGACCUUGGGUAAUAAAUCACCUUUUGUCACACCUAAUUUACUUCAUGAAUUUCAAAAUUUGAUUAUGAGAAUAACUGAAGCUGGAUCUGGUGACGAUCAAAAUAAUUGGUUCUCGGGUAAGAUUAGUAGAGUUAAUCUUGAUAAGAUUUGGGGACAAAUUGAUAAAUUUAUUGUUGGUGGUGAUGAACUGAAAAAUGGCAACAAUAAUGAUGGCAAUACAAGUGGCAAUGCAAGUGGUAGUGUUUUCAACAAAUUCAGUCCUUCAGUGUCGAGAAAUGCUUCUAGUGUGAAUCUACAUAAUUAUUCACAGCCUUCAAUGAUUAGACAGCCAUUACAUGCACCAUAUCAACCACAACCACUAUCACAAUUACAACAACCACAACAACAGCAACAAUUAUUGGAUCAAGUUUAUAUUGAAAGAAAACCAACAACUGGGUUUACUCCACAACCACCACCAUUAGUUGGUCAUCCAUCUACGACAUCAGUAAAUAAAUACUCUCCAAGUGUUAAAUCAAGUCCUCGUCAAGCACAACAGAAUAAGUUUGAAAAAUAUGCUCCAAGUACUAAUUCAUCUCAUCAUAAUCUUAGUCUUGUUGAAGAAAGAACGUCUGCCGUUACUAGUGCUGAUGGUCCUGAACAUCCUCCUAACCAUUCUAACCACCAACAAAGUAUCAAUGCAUCAGCAAUACCUGUACCACUCCCAUUCCCACCACCAACACCCACACCGACACCUCCAGUGGGUGUGACACGCCAUACAUCUAGGUCUCCACGUAAUCAUCAUCAACUGCAUCAACCAUCAGCAUUACCACCACAACAUCCACAACAUGUACAACCAGUUAGGGAUCGAUCUCCAUUAGCAACACGAGUUUAUCCUUAUAGCAAUAGUGUUGGAGGACAAUUUUCUACUACAUCAAUUGGUUCUAUUCCUAGUCAAAUACCACUUGGUGGACAGACUCAGACUCAGACUCAGACUCAGACUCAUGGGAAACAACCUUCAAUUUCAAGUGUCAUUUCUGGGGAUAGUAUUGCAGCAAUUGGUUUAGGAGAACAAGAGAAUGUUUUGCCUCCCUCAACUGGACAAAUAGGACAAACUGGACAAGCAGGACAAACAGGUUCGAGUCAAGUAAACAAAAAUGAAGAGAGUUAUGAAUUUGGGGAUGAUCAUCAUUAUGGUCAUCAUGAUCAACCUGAAACCAUUAAGGAAUCUCCAGAAUUAAGAGGAUUACAACAAUCACUGACUAAUGAAGCGCCAAUUACUAAAGACAUUACCGACGAUGUAGUAGAGUUAAAUAAUCCUAUGGUAUCAGAAACUUCACACAGUCCAGAAAAAGAAACAGACAAGUCAAGUAGUAUAGUUCCAAUUGCUCCUCCAAGAAAAUCAAAAUCUUCUAGAUCUAAUCCAUAUGCUCCAACCACAGAUAAUGAAGCUAUUAAUGAUACGAAAUCAUCUACAGUAUUGACACCUGGUGUUGACAAGCUCAAUGUCAAAAAAUCAAAAUCAGGAUCAAGAACAAGAACAAGAACAAAUAAAUAUGGACCACCAUCAGAGGUUAAUAAUAAUCAAUCCACAAUUGAUAUUUCACCACCAUCUGUUACUAAUAAUGUUGGUAAUGAAGAUUCUAUUGAUAUGUUUUCUUAUGGUGGAUAUCAAAAUGAUUCUAAUCCACAAAUGAAACAAUCAUCACAAUCAUCAGAAUUUAAUCAAAGUGUAGGUACUUCUGUAAAUAUACCACCACCAUUACAACCACAAUUGGCGGUUCCAGAAAGAGUUCCAACUAAGAAUAUUACUAAUAUUGAUGAUAGUUUUGAUGAAAGUAGUUUGGUAGCAGAUACAUCAAUAAACUAUACUACUACUAAUAAUAAUAAUAAUAAUAAUAAUAAUGAUAGUAGUAGUAGUAGUAUGAUAAAUAAACCAUAUGGACAUACAAAUAUUGGAUCAGGAUCAGUUAAUCUGACACCAUUAAUUUUGAAUCAAGGUAAUACAAAUAUGAAAUUAUCAAAUAUUAGUACUAUUAGUGUUUCAGGAACAGCACCAGGAACAAGUGGAGCAUUUGAUGGAUUUCCUAUACCAGGAUCACCUGAUGAAACUACUAGACCAAAUUCUAUAUUUGGUGGUCAUAGUAGAGGAUUAUUUUCUUCAAGAUUAUCGGAAUCACAAAGUGUAUUAUAUCAACAAUAUGCCAUUGUUGAUGAUACUGUUGGAGAUUAUGUUCCUAUUAUGGAAGAAGAUGAAGAUGAAGAAAAUGAAGAAGUUAAACAGCAGCAGAAACAGAAGCAGAAAGAAAAAGAACAAGAAUUGAGAAGAAAGCAAGAGCAAGAGCAACAACAGAAAGCUAUGGCCAAGAAUAACAAUAAUAGUAGUGGUAGUGGUGGUGGCGGUAGUGGUGGUGGGAAAUUCUUUAAUUUAUUUGGUGGUGGUGGUGGUAUUGGUGGUAAAAAUAAUAAAAAACAAGAUAAUGAUACUAAAGUUUAUAAAGCACAUUUAGGACAAAAGAAUACUUUUGUUUAUGAUGAAAAAUUAAAACGUUGGAUAGAUAAAAGUAAACCAUUAGAAGAACAAUUACAAGCUAAUCUUCCACCUCCUCCUCCACCAUCAAUGAAGAAAAAACCUAAUCCUGUUGGUAAUAAUAAUGGUAAUAAUAAUGGUAAUGGUGGUCCUCCACCACCACCACCACCUCCAAUGGUUACACCUAAUUCAACUCCAACUCCAGGAGGAAACGAUCUGUCUACAAUUGCAACAGGAGGAUUAUCAACUCCAAUUCCAGCAUCAGCUCCACCAUCAAGAAUGAGUAACAAUAGUAAACCUACACCAAUAAAUCGACCAAAGAGUAGUUUAGCUACUGUUUCUGGAUUAGAUGAUUUAUUAUCAUUAACUGAGGAUAAUAUUCCAAAUGGUAGAUUAGGAGCUAAAGGUGCUGGUGGUGGUUCAGGUACUACAGGAGGUGGAAGUAGAAGAAAUAAACCUAAACGUCGUGGAUAUGUGAAUGUUAUGGAGAAAUAG